AUGCAUACGUAUGACGGUUAUUAUGCUAUUAUUCUAUCUAAACGAUAUGAUGAUGAUGAUGAUGAUGAUGAUGAUGAUGAUGAUGAUGAUGAUGAUGAUGAUGAUGAUGAUGAUGAUGAUGAUGAUGAUGAUGAUGAUGAUGAUGAUGAUGAUGAUGAUGAUGAUGAUGAUGAUGAUGAUGAUGAUGAUGAUGAUGAUGAUGAUGAUGAUGAUGAUGAUGAUGAUGAUGAUGAUGACGAUGAUGAUGAUGAUGAUGAUGAUGAUGAUGAUGAUGAUGAUGAUGAUGAUGAUGAUGAUGAUGAUGAUGAUGAUGAUGAUGAUGAUGAUGAUGAUGAUGAUGAUGAUGAUGAUGAUGAUGAUGAUGAUGAUGAUGAUGAUGAUGAUGAUGAUGAUGAUGAUGAUGAUGAUGAUGAUGAUGAUGAUGAUGAUGAUGAUGAUGAUGAUGAUGAUGAUGAUGAUGAUGAUGAUGAUGAUGAUGAUGAUGAUGAUGAUGAUGAUGAUGAUGAUGAUGAUGAUGAUGAUGAUGAUGAUGAUGAUGAUGAUGAUGAUGAUGAUGAUGAUGAUGAUGAUGAUGAUGAUGAUGAUGAUGAUGAUGAUGAUGAUGAUGAUGAUGAUGAUGAUGAUGAUGAUGAUGAUGAUGAUGAUGAUGAUGAUGAUGAUGAUGAUGAUGAUGAUGAUGAUGAUGAUGAUGAUGAUGAUGAUGAUGAUGAUGAUGAUGAUGAUGAUGAUGAUGAUGAUGAUGAUGAUGAUGAUGAUGAUGAUGAUGAUGAUGAUGAUGAUGAUGAUGAUGAUGAUGAUGAUGAUGAUGAUGAUGAUGAUGAUGAUGAUGAUGAUGAUGAUGAUGAUGAUGAUGAUGAUGAUGAUGAUGAUGAUGAUGAUGAUGAUGAUGAUGAUGAUGAUGAUGAUGAUGAUGAUGAUGAUGAUGAUGAUGAUGAUGAUGAUGAUGAUGAUGAUGAUGAUGAUGAUGAUGAUGAUGAUGAUGAUGAUGAUGAUGAUGAUGAUGAUGAUGAUGAUGUUUAUGACAAUAAAUCAACAAUGAUUUUGAAUGAUUCAGUCAAAGUGUUCUGUGUAGAUAACUAA